CGCGUCGCAUCCCUCGUCCGCUGGCAAAAUAACGUCAACCCAAGCAAUCAACCUCGCAGUGCUUCCGACCAUAGCUACAGACCUCUCUUUUAUUCAUUUCGUUAUUCCUGUUAUAAGCCGCAUUCCACACUCUAUACUACUUUUUCUGUCCUCCCUGCGUCCUUAUUUUACGGCCUGGGCUUUCCCCCCCGUUGCGACCCAUGCGCCGCCUUUUGGUUCCCCUGUUGGCAGUAUAAGCUUCUCAGAAAAAAAAAAAAGCCCAAUCCUCUUUGGAUACGCUAUCGCAUUCACGCACUCACGCUCGCUCACUUGCUUCACGAUUUACGACUCCUCGGCCUGGACUAUCCGCCUGGCAUGAACUCUCAUACGCCUCGCCCUUUUCCGGGGCGAUCAAUAGCAGGAGGGUCCAACCAGCAUGCGCAGCCACGGAACCCCCCCGCGCCGCAGGUGUCUUCCAACGAGGAUUACGGCACCAUUGCCGACGAGGAUCGCGAACACAUUGAUGAAGUCUUCGACUUGAUGGACAUGAAGAAAAAAGGGUGGCUGAAUAGCUACGAAUUCAAGCACUCCCUCGCCGCGCUGGGCUUCGACAUGCCCAAACCCGAGUACUGCAGAGAACUAGAAAAUUACGGCACCGUACCGCCGGACUGGCGAGAUCCUCACAGCUGCCCGGUGAACCGCCUGCUUAUCUACCCCGACCAGUUUCGACUAUGCGCCGCAAAGCUCAUUGCCCGACGAGACCCGCGUGAGGAGGCAAUCAAAGUAUUCAACAUGUUCGACUACGACCAGGAUGGAAUCAUCUCGGUCGAAGACAUGAGGCAUCUGGCUCAGGACAUUAAGGAAGAACGCACAAUGACGGACGAGGAGAUCCAGACCAUGAUAGAACAUCUCGACCACGACGGCAAAGGCGGCGUGAAUCUCGAAGAGUUCAUACAGAUGAUGGAAGAGGCUGGCUAGUUGGGCAUCAAGAGAGGCCAGAAAGAUGUUUUAUGACAAAAGCUUCAGGGGAGACCAUGCCAACCUUGGCCCAAAAAAAAGCCUUCGAUAUCCCGGCAUAGAGUUGUUUCGCCGCUGAAGAUACGGCUCGCCUUCCCGACAACCCGCCCUUACCGGGACGUAUGAAAGCUGGUCGGCCCACCCAGGAGCACACGAUUUCGGAAUGUUGCAAAGUCAUAGUCAAGGACAAUGGAUCACAUAUAAUGCGCACAUGCUCACAAAGUAUAUCUUUUUUGGAGAUGGCGUAUCGGUAGUUUUUGUCGCUUUUUUUUUGCUUGUUUAGGAUUAUGUAUAACGAGGCAAUGACAGCAGGAGUUGCUUUCGGCUUCAGGACUAGAAUAAGUGCUACGAGAUACCUAUGCUAGCAUUCACGAGAAGGAAAGCUUGGACAAAUAUGAACAAGGUCGAAUUCAGAUCUACAAUUUUG